AUGAACUACAUUGACCCUGUCCUGAUCACUCAAAAGGUUAUCUCCGGCGUGCAUCUGGGUAUCACAACAGUUGAGCUCGACAAUCUCGCAGCAGAAACUGCCGCGUAUAUGACCACAAGGCACCCCGAUUAUGCUAUCCUUGCAGCCCGAGUUGCGGCUUCAAACUUGCACAAGCAAUCCAAAAAUGACUUUUCGCAAGUGAUCGAGGACCUGCACCGUUACGUCAAUCCAAAGACCAACAAGCCUGCACCCAUGAUCAGUGAACAAACUUAUGCGGUUGUUAUGAGACAUGCCGAUCAGCUCAACUCAGCCAUCGUCUACGAUCGCGAUUUCAACUUUAACUACUUCGGCUUUAAGACCCUGGAACGAUCAUACCUCCUCAAGAUCGAUGGCAAGAUAGUAGAGAGGCCUCAACAAAUGCUCAUGCGUGUUGCUGUUGGGAUCCAUGGUGAGGAUAUCGACAAGGCCAUUGAAACUUAUAACUACAUGUCUGAAAAAUAUUUUACGCAUGCAUCUCCGAUCCUGUUUAAUGCUGGGACCCCAAGGCCUCAAAUGUCAAGUUGUUUCCUCUUGACUAUGAAGGAUGACUCGAUCGAAGGAAUUUACGAUACCCUCAAGUCUUGUGCCAUGAUCUCCAAGACUGCUGGUGGGAUUGGCCUUAAUGUCCAUAACAUCCGAGCCUCAGGUUCAUAUAUUGCUGGUACGAAUGGUCAUUCUAACGGAUUGAUCCCUAUGUUGAGGGUAUUUAACAAUACCGCGAGAUAUGUAGAUCAAGGUGGAAACAAGCGGCCAGGAGCCUUUGCCAUGUAUUUGGAACCUUGGCAUGCGGACGUGUUUGAUUUUUUGGACCUUCGCAAGAAUACAGGCAAGGAAGAGACUCGUGCUCGAGACUUGUUCCUGGGACUCUGGAUCCCUGACCUGUUCAUGAAACGAAUUGAACAGAAUGGCGAUUGGAGUCUCUUUUGUCCUGCUGAGGCGCCUGGUCUACAAGAUGUCUGGGGCGAAGAGUUUGAGAAACUCUAUAUGACCUACGAGCUGGAAGGACGGGCUCGUAAGACUAUCAAGGCUCAGAAGCUGUGGUUCGCAAUCCUGGAGGCUCAAACAGAGACUGGAACGCCCUAUAUGCUUUAUAAAGAUGCCUGUAACCGCAAGUCGAAUCAACAGAACUUGGGGACUAUCAAGUGUAGUAAUCUCUGUACAGAGAUCAUCGAAUACAGCAGCCCUGAUGAGGUCGCUGUCUGUAACUUGGCCAGUAUUGCUCUUCCUACCUUUGUCAUGACUGGUGACAAUGGCAUUCCAGUAUUUGAUUUCAAGAUGCUCCACAAGAUCACUAAAGUCGUAACUCGGAACCUGAAUAAGGUUAUUGAUAGAAACUAUUACCCAGUUCCUGAGGCCGAAAAGUCCAACAAACGUCAUCGUCCAAUUGGAUUGGGAGUCCAGGGCCUAGCAGACGCCUUUUUCAAAAUGCACAUGCCCUUUGACUCGCUUGAAGCCCGCAAAUUGAACGUCUUGAUUUUUGAGACCAUCUAUCAUGCUGCACUCGAAGCAUCUUGUGAGCUUGCUCAAGAAGAGGGUGUCUACGUGACCUAUCCAGGGUCUCCAGUGUCUAAGGGUAUUCUGCAACCAGACAUGUGGGGGGUCACUCCAACUGAUCUCUGGGACUGGGACACCCUUCGUGACAACAUUUCGAAGCAUGGCGUCCGGAACUCGUUGCUUGUAGCUCCCAUGCCCACAGCGUCCACAUCCCAGAUCUUGGGUAACAAUGAAUGUUUUGAGCCUUAUACUUCCAACAUCUUUACAAGACGCGUUCUCGCGGGUGAAUUCCAGAUUGUGAACCCUUGGAUGCUCAAAGAUAUGGUCGAUCGUGGUCUAUGGACCGAUUCUCUAAAGAACCGGAUCAUUGCGGAGAAUGGCUCUAUCCAAAAUAUCUCUGGGGUUCCAGAUGAUUUAAAAGCCUUGUACAAGACCACGUGGGAAAUCUCUCAAAAGGUCAUCAUUGACAUGGCAGCGGAUCGUGGGGCCUAUAUCGAUCAAUCUCAAUCGCUAAACAUUCAUAUGUCGGACGUAAACUUCGGAAAGCUGACAAGUAUGGCGUUUUAUGGAUGGAAGAAGGGUCUAAAGACCGGGAUGUAUUACCUACGAACCCGUGCAGCUGUCGAUGCUAUCAAGUUUACAGUUGAUCAGCUUUCGAUCGCCAAAAUCAAGGAGGCUGAGAGAGCGAGCGCGGAUGCUGCUAAUCAAGCUGCCAAUGAAGCAGCUAUGAUUUGUUCAAUUGACAACCGCGAAGCUUGUGUCAGCUGUAGUGGAUAA